GUUUAAUGUCAAUAUUGUGGGUAAGUCUAAAGAUAAACAACUAAAAUUCACUAUAAAUAUAUAUAUAAAAGUACCAAAGUAUAAAAAGAAGAACAAGCGUGCAUUUUUUAAUGCUUCUCUUGAUAAAUGAUGGCUACAGUCUCUCAUGAAAUAAAUGAUUUGCUUAACACAAUACCUGAUUAUAUUCAAAAAGUAAAAUGUGAUACAAACAAAUUUACUGCACCAUUCAAAUGCGCCGUAAAAUCAUGCCCAAAUAAAUUUGAAAAAUUUGAUGAAAAUUCAUUUUCUCCUUAUAAAUUUCAUAAAUUCCCUGUUAUUAAAAAACUUCGUAAAUUGUGGAAAUUAAAAUGUGGUUUGCAAAAAUAUGAUCAUGUGAAAGGGUUGAUGGUUUGUUCGGUUCAUUUUAACCUAGAUGAUUAUAUUAGAAACUAUAAGGAAGAAUUCAAUAAUCCAAAUUUCAAAAGGCAAUUAAGCUCGAGUGCUGUACCUAAACUUAAAUUAGGAUCAAAUCAAUAUAAAAAUUUUGAUAUUAGUGACAGUGAUUAUGAUACAGACAUGGAUAAUUAUCAAGAUAUAGCACAAUCUACAAAUAGUACAAACCAAGUACUUGAAUCUGAUAUUGUUUUGAAAAAUGGUCCAUUAGAUUUAAAUGAAGUACGACGUGAAGUUGAUCUCAAUAAAGAAUUAGAAGAAACUAGUAGAGGUUUAGAAAAUGAAUUAAAAAGUUGUGAAAAUAAGUUGAACGCUAUUAAUAAAUCAAUACGUACUGCUAGGAUAAAAGCUAUCCACUUGAAAAAAAGAAAUAGAGCAGAAGAUGAUAUUUUACGAAAUAUAUUCAGUAAUGCUCAGAUCAAUUUGCUAUUAGGUAAAAAGGCUGUUUGGUCGAAUGAUGAUUUAGCUACAGCGUUCACAAUAAGACACAUGGGUUCUAAGAAAUGUUAUUUAUAUAUGAAAAAUGUUUUGAAAAUACCGCUACCAUCAUUAUCUUGCGUUCAGAAAUGGGCCGCUACACAAGCCCAAAGUAUGUGAUAAUUUUAUUUCAAUAAAGUUUAAAAUAAU